AAAAAAAUGUAUUCCUCAAAUAACAGUAAAACAAUAAAUUCCCCAACAUCAUCUUCUUCUUUUGAUAAUGAACAUAAAAGAGAAACUGUAGCUACAAUAGCUUCUCGUCUAAAUUUGGGUGAAGAUCUAACUUUAGCUUAUUCUUUACAAGAAGAAGAAUUUCGUUUUCAUUAUUCAAAUAAUAAAGAAAAACAUAAAAAUUUGUCAAAAGAUUUUAAAUUAAGUAGACAAGAACAGAUAGCUGAAUUGGAAAAAGCUGAAAAAGAAAAAAAAGAAAUUGCUCGUAGAGAUGAAGAAUUGGCAUUAGAAUUAACUAAAAAAUUUGAAUUGGAGGAAAUUAAACAAAAUGAACAGGCAAAAAGGGAUGAGGAAUUAGCUAGACAAAUAGCUAAUUCUGAAUUUAUUUCUGUCCAAAAAAGAGAAGAAAAAAUAUGA